AUGAACAAAUUGUGCAGGUUUUUUGCCUCACUCAACAAAAUUCAAACUGGGACUGAUAAAAAGGCAUAUGUGGGGUAUAUUAUUUACCGUGACUCCGUAGCCUUAACUCCCCCACUUCAUUGGUCGAACAGCCUAGUUCUGAUAGAGGAUGGGGUUAAAAAAAUUUUUUAUUAAUUUUAUGUUAAGCUUUUUCCAUAUAAAUACUUUAGGAAAUAUUAUAGAAGUCGUACUAUAAAUGCUCAUUGUAAAAUAUAGCCAGUUAGAUUUGAGAAGAAAUAGGAGAGCUUUAUGAAAAUCAUUUGAUUUAGGAUGGGAGCGAAGUUUUCAAUUGUAGGAAAUCUCAUUUGAAUCGUUCAAUCAAGGUAAAGGGAGUAAGUGUUUCUCCCUUGAAAGCUAAAUUUACAAUGUCUACAGGAGGAUACUUAAAAAAUGCCAAAAAAGGUGCUCUAUUAGUUGAGUUUAUUCCAUACAGAGAUGACCCAAUUGACAACCAGAGACUAAACUUGCUGCCAAAAGAAAAAAAAAUGAUUUCUCUCACAGAAGACCACAUUAUUAAACUGAUAGCUCUUAAAGAGGAAUCUCUAGAAUUUCAGCGUAAUAAUAGAUGGGACGAAAAGAAGCUUACGGUCUCCAAGCAAGCCGAGCUCUGGAAAUUUACUUUAGCUACUAUCAAUAGAAGCACAGAACUAUUAACUAAGAGUGAAAUAAGCUUAAAGCCUCAAGAGUUCUCAAUGAUAAAAAGACUAUGUGAGGUAUUUUCUAAUAUAGUUUUCUAUGCCUUAUAUACAAGGUUGGCAAGUGCUUGAAAACCCGCAGCUUGCAGAUGGAUUAAUUAUUUCUCCAGAAGAACUGAAAAAGCCACAAAAUGAUGACAUGAUUUAA